AUCCUUCCCGCCGCCUCCUUGGCUCUCGCUGUCUUCCCUCUGGCUACUAUGGCUCAAAACUCCUCAUACUUCCUCGGUCUUGCGCAAGCGCUCAACGACCAAGGUCUUAGCACCCUCGCCACCCUUGCCGCCGGUGCUCUAAACGAUACCGCUGGUCCCGCAUUCUUCGAGGAGUUGCAAUCCGGCAACAAGACGCUAUUUGCACCCAGCAACGAAGCCUUGUCCUCCCUCUCGUCUGCCACCUCAAACACGACGGCGCUCCUGGAAAUUCUUUCUUACCAUAUUCUGGACGGCAACUUCACGGACCUUGUCUCUACAUACCCAAACGUCACACUCGGACGUACACUCCUCAAUGACACAAACUUGGUCGCAUUGGAAGGGAACGAGAGUCAAGUCGUGGCGUUCUCAAAGGUGGGAGGAAGCGUCGUGGUGUUGAACCAGAACUACACCACGGUACAAAAUUCGUCUUCGUACUCUAACCUCCUCAUUUGGGCCAUCAACGCGACCCUCACCCCACCUGGCUCGCUCAACGAAACUGUCGGAGUCAAUUCUGAUCUAUCUGCGCUAGCCUCGCUCGCUUCGACUCUCGAGCUCCCAGAGUCCGGCUCAGACUCGAACAUCAGCGCGCUCGAAUAUCUGGCCGCUCAGCACGGCUUUACCCUCUUCGCGCCGUCGAACAGUGCCCUCGCGAACGUGAGCGCCGCAUUGCAGACCGUCCAGUCGAACCAAACCGCGCUGGGUGAUCUGGUCAGGAACCACAUCGUCGUCGGUGAAACACUCUACUCCCCCCUCCUGCUCUCCUCCACCUCCUCGAACUACACAUCCUCCGCAGGCGAGUCCCUCUCCAUCACCACGAACUCAUCGGGCACCUACGUCGUCUCGGGCGGCAUAUCGAGCGCGAAGAUCAGCCAGAGCGACGUGUUGGUCGAGAAUGGGGUGAUCCAUGUUAUCGAUGGGGUAUUGUUGAAUUUGGAGGUCAAUGAGGCGGCGGCGAGUUCUGCAAUCGCAAGCGCCUCGUCGGUCGCAUCCGCAGCUGCUACAGCGUCAGCCACAGGCCCCGUCGGCGGCGCGACGCAGGCGAACCCUGCGCCCUCUGCGUCUUCGAGCUCGAGUUCGAGUUCGUCGGACGCUGUUAAGAAUGCUGUUGGGGUUGGGAUGCUGGGUUGGGCUGUGAUGUUGGGCGGGGCUGUUAUUGGUGGGAUGAGUGUUUGGUUGUAGGGGGGUGGAGGCUUUUCUCACUCUUCAUCUUUACUGUUGUCGGUGUGCCGUGAUGCGGCGGACUAUUUUGAACUAAUUCCUGUGUUUCAUACUUAGCUGUUUUCGUUAGCCCCAAAAUUUGAUGUACUCUUACAGUGGCCCUGUACUCCGUGACGAAUUAUCUGUCUGUUCCGCAUACCGCAUAAUAUAAUAGACGUUCUAC